GGCCUAGGUGGAGCGGAGCCGUGGGUUUCCCGCAUCCUCGGCUUAUGCCCAUAGCAGCCUUUCGGCCGGGGGGAUCAGCGGCUGCAUCGGGUCGGGGAGGGCCGCCCCCCGGCGACGACCACAGCGGCGGCGGAUGGAAGCCGAGGACCCGGGCAGGUAUUCUCUUCAGCAAGCUCAAGCAUUUUAUACAUUUCCCUUCCACCAAAUGAUGGCUGUGGCUCCUAACAUGGAAGUACUGAAUGAACAGCAGGCGCUCGCAGAAGUUCCCGUCCCAGCCGUUGCCCAGGAACCUGUUCAAGGAGCUGCAAAGGGAAGAAAAAGAAAACCCAAAUCAGCUGAGCCCAAAAAGCCAGCUGAACCCAAAAAACCUGCUGAACCAAAGAAGGCAGCCAAGUCGACAAAAUCAAAAGGCAAAGGCAAACAGGAAAAAAUUACAGACAGUUUUGUAGUGAAACGGAAAAUGAAUCGCUUCAAUGGCGUCUCGGAAGCUGAACUUUUGACCAAGACUCUACCUGAUAUCUUGACCUUCAAUCUGGACAUUGUAAUUAUUGGUAUAAACCCAGGAUUAAUGGCAGCCUACAAAGGGCAUCAUUACCCUGGACCAGGAAAUCAUUUUUGGAAGUGUCUCUUUAUGUCAGGGCUGAGUGAGGUCCAGUUGAAUCAUACGGACGACCAUACUUUACCAGGAAAGUAUGGCAUUGGGUUUACAAACAUGGUGGAAAGGACAACCCCGGGCAGCAAGGACCUCUCUAGCAAGGAGUUUCGAGAAGGAGGACAUAUUCUGGUGCAGAAAUUGCAGAAAUACCAACCUCGAAUAGCUGCUUUUAAUGGAAAAUGUAUUUAUGAAAUUUUUAGUAAAGAAGUUUUUGGAGUGAAGGUUAAGAAAUUGGAAUUUGGAAUCCAACCACAUAAGAUCCCAGACACAGAAACUGUCUGCUAUGUUAUGCCAUCAUCCAGUGCAAGAUGUGCUCAAUUUCCUCGUGCACAAGAUAAGGUUCAUUAUUACAUUAAACUGAAAGAUUUAAGGGAUCAGUUGAAAGGUGUUGUACCAAACACAGAGAUUCAGGAGGUGCAGUAUACAUUUAAUUUGCAGCUUGCCCGAGAGGAUGCAAACAAGAUGGCUGUUAAGGAAGAAAAAUAUGAUCCAGGUUAUGAAGCAGCUUAUGGAGGAGCUUAUGCUGAAAGAUCAUGUGAUAACGAGCCAUACAAUUUCUCUUCCAAUGGGAUAGCCACGAGCAAUCCAGAGAUUAAUGGAGGAUCAGCUUUUGGGGACAUUCCAAACGGGCAUUGGAUGACACAGCCGUUCACAGACCAGAUUCCUGAGUUUAACAACUGCGGGACGCAAGAACCAGAAGGAAGCUGUGCAUAAGGGUGGUCUUCCCAACUGUACUCACAUGCUGCAGUUUUAGUGCAGUUAUCAAGAAGGGAACCUCGGUUUGUUAACUGAAGCUUUUUAAUAGUAUUUUACACCAUCUCACCUCCUAGUUAUUUUAUCAUAGACCGAACCUAUCCUGUGGUAGAAUUACCCUUUCGAACUAGGUAGUUUUAAAAGAAGAUCAGGUUUUAGAAACAAAAGUAGACUUUUUGUAUGAGUUUUUAUAUUUAACUUUCACCAUCAACAGUUUCCGACAAACUGCAUUUUCAUUUAUGAAGAAAUGGAUUUCUUUGGGGAGUUACUUUUAAUAUAAUGCAAUGAAUGGUCUAUUUAUACUUUUUGAAGUCUCAUGCAUAUAGAAAUGGCAAAUGUCCCCUUUAAGGUGAAGGGAAAGCAAACGUAUUUGCUUAUCAAGAUUCCCCCUGUUCUGCUGACAGAAUUCUAGCCUAAACUUAUGGGAGCACAGUUGGCUCUGAAGAAUAUUUAUAGUCUCCUUUUUAAAGAACUUGUUCAACAGUUUAUCAGAUGGCAAAUUUUGAUCUGCGUGGCACAGGUGAGAUUGGGAGGGAAUUGAAGUCCGUGCUUGUGCCUAACCCCACUCUCAUUUUUUUGUUCCUUUCCACAUUGUGGAAAAAGAAGGAAAGUGAUAAGAACUCAAAGUAUGGCUUUCAGUCAAAACAAUAAGAUGAUCAAAACAAUGAAUGUUUUGAAAACCUUUUUCAAGUAGGUGCCUUUCAUACUUGAAAAGUGCAUACAGAAGGUGUCCGACAGAAUGAAAAAUUUCUGGUCAAAUUUACUAUUCCAGUAUUUUUCUCUUUUUUUUGCCAUAGGUAAUAUCAUUUGGCACUAGCUAUUGUGCAUUUUGUGGUUUGAGGUUCCCUCGAAAGAGGAUCUUUCAGUUAUGCACCUCGUCAUAUAACGUAAUUUUCUCCAUUCUAGCAAUGACCCAUUAUUGCUCUGGGAACUCAGGUUUAAAUCCUAAACCUGCCAAAAUAUUCAGGUGUCUCAUGUAGCCUGGUAGCACUCUGCCACUUCAGAGUUAAAAUUUACAAUGGUUUACAGUUCUUUUCUAUGAAAUCAUGUGGCUUAAUCCUUUCUUUAAAAUAGAGAGAUAGAUACAUAUUGUAAAUUAAUCAUGCAUUGUUGCUGUGGGGUGUAGUAGCAAUUGCUUUUUUAGCCAUAAGAAGGUCAAGUUAUGUGAAAGUCAAUUAUGUAAUUUAAAUUGUUGUACUGUAUCAUGUAUCACUGUUUACAUGGAUAUUUUCCUGCAGGCCCUCUGAGGGUCUUGCAUCAGGGACAGGUAGCAGUUCAAUUAUUUUUUCACAAGAACUAUGUAUAGCAUGUAACUAGAUAUUGCUAUUGUACACAACUGUUGUAGCUACACAAGAGUUGUGCGGGGGAGGGGUUGGAAGGAGGAAAAUCCCUUCGAAUCUUGACAGCAGCACCUACUGGAUUGAAGGUUUUGGAAAUUAAGUGUGGCAUUUCAUUAAAGCGUUGACAUGCCUAUCCUUGACAGGAUGGCUUUUAUUCAUCAAAUCUCAAUGGUAAAUAUUUUAAAUUCUUUUGAAAGUCUGCCAGUUUUGACAA